CUUUCCCGCCCUCGACUCUGAUCCCACGGCUCGUCGCCGUGAAGCAGCACCCCUCGCAGAUAGUCCUUCGAGGUCCUCCCUCGCCCUCUCCAAUAUGGAGGAGAGGAUUCGGUUCGAUAUCAAUGAAUCUCUCAAGUAUUAUUUGAGCGACCCAAACUCCGUCCCAACUCCUGAAGCCGACACGGAGCUGCUCGGUUUCGAAACCGAGCCUGAGCAGCUGCCCAGCACAGUCAUCGACAAUGUCUUGAACUCCAUCGUGGAUGCUGUGGCUGAGAACCCAGAGGCGCUAGCCAGAGCAUCUUCGUUUGACUCGUUGCAGUUUCUUCUAAAAUAUUCCAACUUCCUGCCGACAAAGUCUCUGAGUAAACUUCUCGACCUGAUAGUUUCUGGAUUAUCGGUUGAAGCGGAUAUUAUUCAUGGAGAUCUCGAAUCCGAUGAGCAAGAUAGUAUUCAACCCCAUAAGGAACUUCUGGAGAUGUAUGGUUUUAUCCUUCAAUGGGCGCUGUCCGCUGUCGAGUUGAAGGCAGCCGAAAAGCCAGCAGAAGCCUUGCCCGCCCGGCGGGGAACGGGUAAGUCAGGGAGACCUAGAACUACCAAGGAUAGCAACUGGGAUGGAACAGCCCAGAUUCAGGUUGCAAUGGAAACUAUGUGCAAAGUCAUGAAGUUGAAACUCAGCAAAAUCUUUUUGACUACGUCGGACCGUGACACUUUUAUCAACCUGUUUACCCGUUCAAGUUACCUCAUUUUAGAGAGCGAACAGAGAGUGAAGAGUAUGGCGAUUCGGAUGCACGCGUUCAAAGUCCUUUGUAUUGCGGUGAAGCAUCACGGUCAUGGUUUUGGCGCUCAGACAUCAAUUGUGCAAAGCUUGACAUACUUCGAACACCUCUCAGAGCCCAUGGCAGAGUUUCUGCAUAUCCUUGCGGAGCAAUAUGAUUACCCGCAGUUAUCCGAUGAGAUUUUAAAGGAACUCGGAAACAAAGAAUUCAACUCGAACGACACCAGAGGGCCAAAAUCAGUCUCCGCCUUCAUCAUAAAGCUUUCAGAACUGGCUCCCAGGCUAAUUAUAAAGCAAAUGACGCUUUUAGCGAAACAGCUCGACAGUGAGUCAUAUACUCUGCGGUGCGCCGUGAUAGAAGUUUGCGGAAACCUUAUAGCAGACCUCAGCAAACAGGAAGAGCGAACUGACAACUACAAAUCACAAAUCAACGCGUUCUUCGAUGUUCUUGAGGAGCGCUUUCUCGAUAUCAACCCGUACUGCCGUUGCCGAGCUAUCCAAGUCUACAUGAGGAUUUGUGAUCUAGAACAGAAGUUCCCGAAACGUCGGCAAGCAGCUGCAGAGUUGGCGGCCAGAAGUUUGGAGGACAAGAGUAGCAAUGUACGGCGGAAUGCGAUCAAGUUAAUCGCUAAAUUAGUCUCAACACACCCUUUUAGCGUCAUGCAUGGCGGGCAGCUUUCCUUAAAGGAAUGGACAGAGCGCCUUGAUGCCGUCGAUGCUGAACUCAAUGCGCUGAGACCUCCAGAGACGCCGGGAUUCGAUUCUGGGGACGCUUCGCAUAUCGACAGUGAACUGCUGGACGAUGCCACGCAGUUACCGGACGACUCACCGUCAAAGGCGCCACGCAUGUCAGAAGAGGAAAAGACGAUAGCGAUGAAGAAAGCCGCUGAACAAGCCGCUACGUCGGAGUUGCUUACACGAUUGCAACUGACUAGAAAGUAUUACAACGAAGCAAUACGCUUUAUUGAGGUUCUCCACGCGGCAUCUAAUAUUGUGACUCAGCUCCUUUCUUCAAAGAAUAAAAGUGAGGCUAUUGAGGCAAUGGAUUUUUUUGUCAUGUUGGACGCUUACAAAGUGGAGACUGCUCGCACUGGUAUUCGGCGAAUGCUGAGGCUCAUUUGGACCAAAGGCAACAGUGACGAAGGAAAAGGCGUCCAAACUCACUUGAUCGAUUGCUAUAAAGGACUCUUCUUUGAAGCGCCAGACACGUUUAGUCCUAAUGACGCUGCGAAUUAUAUUGCCAGGAAUAUGCUUAGUCUCACAUUUGGCGCGACUCCCGCUGAACUCACAUGUCUUGAACAACUACUCAGCACUAUGAUGAGGGCGGGCCAUAUAUCCGAUGCUGUGAUUGCUAAACUUUGGCAAGUUUACGGCGUGCAGAAGAAAGAGAUCUCCAGGACCCAGCGCCGAGGGGCCAUCAUCGUUCUAGGCAUGAUUGCUCUAGCCGAUCCAGAAAUUGUCAUUAAAGAAAUUGAGAUAAUGCUCAGGAUCGGCCUUGGAAGCCUUGGCAGAUCGGAUCUGAUCCUCGCAAAAUAUACAUGCAUUGCACUCAGGCGAAUGGUUCCUGGCCGCCAGGCUAAGUCAAAGGAGUCUGGAAUCUCCAAGCUCACGAACGACCACCCAGUUCUGACUAAGCUUGCGGCCAUGGUUGAAACUGUCUCGGAUAGUAAGGAGUGGUACGGAGUAGCAGAACAGGCUAUCAGCGCCAUCUAUGCUCUGUCUAAACAUCCAGAUGUCCUUUGUUCAGAUAUUGUUAAGCGGAAAACAAGGUCCGUAUUCCAGCCACAAACACGGCCGCCAUCUUCAAGAAGCCCUGAUAAUGAAGACGGCCAGCGCCCUGGCACAGCUUCAACUGAAAAAUCUGUCUCAGGGCAGAAGACUUCGUCAGCUGCCUUGUCUCAACUUUUAUUUAUUGUGGGUCAUAUUGCGAUCAAACAGAUCGUCCAUUUAGAGUUGUGUGAGCUUGACUUCAAACGUCGCAAGGCAGAGCAAGAGAAGAACAAGCCACUCAAUAUGGCAGUUCAAAAAAAUGACGAGCCUGGUGAGAAUGAUGAAUUAGACCUCAUUGGCGGCACGACUGAAGAUGAUUUCACGGAAGCAAUAGCACAUAUUCGUGAACGGGAACUCCUGUAUGGUGCAAACUCCCUGCUGUCAAAUUUUGGACCAUUGGUUGCAGAGAUCUGCGCCAACAACAACACUUACUCUGACCGUAACCUUCAAGCUGCCGCAACCAUAUGCAUGGCGAAGCUGAUGUGUGUCUCCGCUGAAUACUGCGAAAAGAACCUUCCUCUCUUGAUCACCAUCAUGGAGCGCUCCGAAGACCCCAUUGUACGGAGUAAUGCAGUUAUUGCUCUUGGUGACAUGGCCGUGUGCUUCAAUCAUUUGAUUGACGAAAACACGGAUUUCCUCUACCGGCGUCUCAACGACGACGACGCUUCCGUCAAGCGUACUUGCCUGAUGACUCUCACGUUCCUCAUCCUAGCUGGUCAAGUCAAGGUCAAGGGACAGUUGGGUGAAAUGGCGAAAUGCUUGGAAGACGAUGACAAGAGAAUAGCCGAUUUGUCCCGCAUGUUCUUCACAGAAUUGGCCGGCAAGGACAAUGCUGUUUAUAACCACUUCGUUGAUAUGUUUAGUCUUCUAAGUGCAGAGCGCAAUCUAGAAGAAGGAGCACUUAGGCGCAUUGUCAAGUUCCUGAUCGGUUUUAUUGAAAAGGAAAAACAUGCCCGCCAGUUAGCGGAGAAACUAGCUGCCCGGUUACCAAGAUGCGAAACGGAACGGCAGUGGAACGAUGUUGCAUACACACUGUCUCUUCUUCCGCAUAAGAAUGAGGAGAUAGCUAAAAUUGUGGCUGGUGGGUUCAACAAAGUUAUCAACAUGGCAACUGCCUAGGCUCUUCUCUGACGGCACGAUGGAAUGCAAAUGACUCGUUUUUUUUACCCUUUGGACAUUUGGUUUGUUUAUAUUCAGGAUGAUGGUGGCGCAGCAUGUGUUGGAGUUUGUAAUCGGGUAUAGGGCUAUAGCAUUGUGGUGAUUCUUUAUUUCAACCAUUUCUCGUUCGUGUUUCUCUAGUUGGUAUUUGCAGCGCAGCACUUAAAAGACGCUGCGCGUCAGGUAAGAUGAAUCCUCCAUCAUGAUUAUAGUUCGUACAUUGCAGGGUUCGA